CAAUACAAUGAAACGAAACUUUAAAAGGACAAAUUGUGAAACAGAAACCAUUGGAUUUGUUUGCUGACCUGUUCUCUGUAAUUUACUCAAACUUACUUAAACGUUUUGAUCGUUUAUAAAGCACACAUUAAUCUUCAUUGCUGCGGUAAGUUAAUAACUUACAUCACCCAGCUCGAGGCAGCAGGCUACACAUUUAGCCAUUGACUGUUAGCAAACACAUGUAAAUAGUACUGUAAAUAUUCUUUCCUCAGUCUUAUUGUUUAAACCAUUACCAUCAUAAACUACCCGGAGUUUGGGAUCGUUUUUAUAUUCAGGAUACAAUCUAUGUCAUUCAAUGUCUAAGGGAUAUAAAGGCCAAGUUAACACAGAUGACAAAGAUACAAAAGAUUAUAUUUCAGUCCCUGUGCAGCUCAGGAUGGCAGCUGCAGUAUAUGAGAGGAGAUCUGUUCACCUGUCUGGCCACAGACGCCCUGGCACAUUGUAUCAGUGAGGAUUGUCGUAUGGGAGCAGGUAUAGCUGUGCUUUUCAAGAAGAAAUUUGGAAUUGAAGAGGUUCGUGCUCAGAACAAGGUUCCAGGGCAGUGUGCUGUUCUUAAAAAAUCUGAUCGGUUUGUGUACUACCUGAUCACAAAGCAAAAAUACUACCAGAAGCCCACAUAUGGGACUCUCAAAAAGAGCCUUGUGUGUAUGAGAGACCACUGCUUGGCCAAUGGUGUUGAGAGAAUAUCCAUGCCUCGGAUUGGCUGUGGGCUGGAUAAAUUGAAAUGGGAAAAUGUGUCGUCCAUUAUUACUGAAGUCUUCCAGAAUACAGACGUCUGCAUCACUGUCUAUUCAAUUUAGAUCGCAGCAAGUCUGAAACUCACAUUUAUCUUUAUGAUGAUUGAUUCCAAUGGAAUUUAGCUGUUUUCCCUUGGUUUUCCACUAUUUAUGUUGGUGGGGGUUAGAAGGUAUAGACUCUACAACAAAUGUACACUAUUACACUAUUAUGAUUAUUAGAUUUUGUUCAUCCACUUACUUCUGUUAGAAAACUAAAUUGUCUUUAUUCUGUUAUUCACCACUAGAGGGAGUUUGUGAUGUUGGGUUGUUUUGAAAUGAAGAAAUCUCAAAUAAGAAGAAAAUAAAUAUGAUGUGUUGAAUACUG